AUUCGAUUGGGAAAAUACCACAAACAGAUGACAUAUCUAUCUAGGAUAGAUAUUAUUCUCAAAUAUAUUAGAAGGCCAUAUUUGUAAUAUUUAGUAGAGUAAUUUACGAUGACAAUAUUUAAAAAGUAUAAGUGACUGUUUAAAUGAGUAACCCACAAUCGUACAAGUCGGACGAAACCCUUCAAGGAGCCAAUGUGGAUAAUGUUAGACAUUUAUAUAUAUAAAUUGAAAUAUAUAUGUUUAAGUAUAAAGUGCGGAAUUAAUCAAACAUAUAUACACUAUGAAUAAGGAUCGAAAUACCUCCAGUCAUUGAAUCUUGAGCUUUAAACUCACAUAAGCUUUGAUCUGCAAAAGAAAUUGACUACCAUGGGUAAUCGGUCUUCCUCGCUCUCUCAACUCUCUUUAGAUGGAAUUUGCUAUGAUGAACAGAAUGAGUGAGGAGUUCGGGGAUCGAGACCCUAUAUUUAUAGGUGAGAUACUUGUCAGAAUAUUUUGACGGAAAUCAAAUUAGAUAAUAAAUAUAGAAAUCUGACCAUAUAUAGAAUAUUACAUAAUUAAUUUUGUCCAGAUUCAAUGAAUAUAAAAUAUUUAUUUAUCAAAAAAUCAAUUAUUUAUUUAUUUUUUUAAAUAGAAAUUAAUUUCUUUAAAUAGAAAUAUAUUUCCUUAAAUAAAAAUAAGGGAUAUUAAUGAAUGAUUCUUUCUUGUAUAUUGAUUAUAGAAUUAUCACUUUGCUUUUUCUUCAAAUUCAAGUUUGGAAUUAAGGUAUAUUAUGCUUUUCCUUUAUAAGUAACACACAUUUGAUCCAAAGUUUCUUCUUUGUUGAGAUAUAUAUAUAUAUAUAUAUAUACUCAUCCAUUCUCUACUAAAACAGAUGUAUAUAAAUAUUUUUCUUAGUAUUAAUCAUCAAUACUACUACUUACAUAAAAAUGUCAAACACAAUACAACAUUUUAGUCACAGCCAUCCAUUGAAACAAUAUCAUGAUAUUCGACGUAAAUACAGAAAAGAAGCCAAAAUCAACUGUGGCUUGUGUCAACUUCUAGUAGAGGACGAUCAAAUAUACUAUGAUUGUUACAAAUGGGAAUGUGUCUACCCUCUCCACAAAACAUGUGCUGAGUUGCCACAAUACCUUAAUCAUGGGUUACAUGAUUCUCUCCAUGGUCCUCUAAUGCUUCAAAAAAGGUCAUCAUCAAACAAUGGCAACAACAACAACAACACAACAUGCUAUUAUUGUGAAAUUCCAUUCCAACACAAUGAAGUUUUUGCAUACGUAUGUAAUCAAUGCUCACUACACAUGCAUAUGACAUGUGCUUUGAUUACUAUUCCCAUCUUAACAUGCGACAAAGAUAACAACGUUCAAUAUUUUUGCCAUCAACAACUGAUGAUGUUGGUCGAUCAUGACAAUUCAAAAGACCAAGCUCAAUGUUUUGUGUGUCGAUCAUCAUGGUUGGGAUUAGCCUAUUCUUGCACCUAUGAAACGUGUAAGAAUUUUCUCCACUCUUCUUGUGCUAAAUUUCCAUGGAAAGUUGAUAAUUCUCAUUCACAUCAUCACUCUCUUAUUGCUCUCCAAUUUAGUAAACCUCAAUCUUGCGAUUUAUGUUGUAAGAAACAUUGUAGGCUAAUCUUCAAGUGUCACGAUGGGUGUAAUUUUAAUUUGUGCACUGAAUGCGUCUUUGUUAAGACAAGGGUGAGUUGUCAAAGUCAUGUUCACUCACUUUACUUUGUGGAGAAAGCAUUUUAUAAGGGCAAUUGUAGUGCUUGUCAAAAAUCGUAUGCAGAUUGGAGUGAACAUGAUCAUCAUCUUGUUCCUGAUGAAAUAAGUCGUACUCAAUCCUUCUUAUUUCGAUGCAUAGAAUGUGAUUAUAAUCUCCAUUUUUUAUGUGGUCCAUUGCCAUCCACCAUUAAAUUUAAAUACCACAUACAUCCUUUAACUCUUAUUGAUCAUCAGAUAAAAAAAGAUGAUCAUUAUGAUCAAUUCUAUUGUGAUAUAUGUGAAGAAGAAAGGAAUCCAUACUUUCGCAUCUAUUGUUGUAAAGAUUGUGACUACAGUGCACAUAUUCAUUGCCUGUUUUCUGAGAUCAUGAAAGAAAUAAAGGGUGAUAAGAAAGUUGUGAAUAAGUUAAUAUCUUUUGGAGAGACUCGAUGGACUCAAUUAAUUGAUCGCACAGAAGAUACAAGUAAUGAUUAACAAAAUCUUGGAGAGGUAUUAAGCAACAGCCUAACUGAUGAAGACAAAGAAAUGUUGAAUGACCCCUUUACAUUUGGUUCUUCAUCAGAGGACAAGACUUUUGUAGAGCGACGAUACCAGUUUAUCAAGACAGAGAUCAAUGCUCCAAUACUCGAUCAUCAAUUGUUUUCAAUUGAAACUAUUUAUAAUAUCAAUGAGUUCCCUUCUUUCAACUCAGUCGAUUUUUGGAACUUUUAUUGGGAGCUUCGAUAUUAUAAACAUAAAAGUGGCAUGAAAUUAGAUGACAAGUACUUGGGACAAAAAGUUGUUGAUAUCAAUGGUUACAAGGUACCAAUUACAUUGGCUCAUAUCUUAAACACUUUACUUCAUUACUAUACAGAAUCAGAUCUUUUUGGUGCAAGGGUUGCGAAUUGGACACCUGGAAUAAAGAGUGUCUUUGCUACAAUAUUUUGUAUAGUUUGUGAUCAAAUGUGUAGAACUAAGAUGAAAGAUGUCACUAAAGAUGUUCUUCAAGAUUGGUUUUUCUAUCUAAAUGCUAUUGCUGGAAAAAGAUAUAGGAACAACAUUAGGCUUAAGAAAUUUAUAGACAAAAUUAUUAAGCGAUUUUUCUGUUUUGAGGCGAUUAGAUAUGAAAAAGAUAUCAAGGAAAAAUUGAUGUUGAGGAUUGUAGACUUGGAAGAUGAAUUGAAGAAAUGUAAAGAGAAGCUUCACAUGUUCAACACUCAUAUGUCUUGGACUUUUGAGAAAAUCAAGAAUCCCAUUAAUGAUGCUUUGAGAUUGGAGGAAAAAUAUGUGGAUGAAAUAAUCUGUUUCGAUGAACUUCUAAAUUCGGAAUUUGAGGCUAUUCAUUUUCCUUGAUUUUUUAACAAUGUAAUACAUACAUAUAUUCUACCAUAUUAUUUAGUAAAUAAUAAAUGUUUGUUAUUGGCUUGAUUAUUAACUUAAGGUUAAUUUUUAAUUUAUUCAUAUUUAUUUUCAGUAGUAA